AGUAAAAAGCAGUGAAAUUUAAAAGUGAAAUUAACGUCACCGUGUCGUCGUUGUUGUUGUUGUUGAUUACCCGGAGCAGCUCUGCUGUGGCUCCUGCUGUCAGGGUCAACUGGAGGUGAGCAGAUGUAACUAACCGGUAACUAACUAACAAACCUAUCUAACUAUCAUGGACAUCCUGAACAUGAUGGAGCGGAGACUAAACGUCGUCCUCCAGAGAAAACAGGACAUUUAUGGGACUGAAGCUCUAGUUUCUACUCCAGCGUAAAGUUACCUCGUCUCCAGUCUGUCACAGAUCAGUCUCUCGCUCUCAUCCCGGUUGUGGAGGCAGAAGAAAUCUGCAGCAGUGGAACAACAACAACACACACACACAGACACACACGGGCGCGGUGUGUGUAGACUUCUUGCCCAUGAAGCUAAGGUGUUACAGGGAGAAGUUGCUGUGAGAGUUUCUGAGGACUGGAUCUUCUGCUGCUGAAUUCUGCGUCCGAGCCUCCGUAUCUGUCCCUCUGUCCGUUUGUGGGAGCCUUCGUCUUAUCCUGGGGUCCCAAGGCUUCACACUGGCUGAGCUGCAGCCAUGGAGGUGGCCCUGGUAGACUUUGAGAGCCUGGAGAACCUCAACAGCAUCGUUGAGGAUGACGUCGACACCUACGCUGAUGAGACCACCGCUCUCACGGUGGACAUGCCUCCAGAUCACCAAAACCCAGGCAGCAACUACCUCCCGAAAGCCCCUCAGCUUUCCUCCACGCCGUCCCACCACGGUGCAGUGCCAUCUAUGAGCAGGCAGGGGCGCCCCAGCUGCGCCAGCAUCAUCUCCAACUGGAAACUGCUGCUCAGCAGUGAGGGCACGAAGGAGAGUGAAGCGAUCUUUAGUAGACUCGCCAAGGAGUGCUGCGAAGAUCUGUUUGUAGACAAACGAGAGUUUGACGAGGGAGAUCAGAAGGUCAUCAUCAACAUCGCUGGUCUUCGCUUUGAGACACAGCUCAAAACAUUGGACCAGUUCCCUGAGACGCUGCUCGGAGAUCCUUUGAAAAGGAUGGAGUACUUUGAUCCAAUGAGGAAUGAGUACUUUUUUGAUCGGAACAGGCCCAGUUUUGACGGGAUCUUGUACUACUACCAAUCAGGGGGUAAAAUCCGACGACCGGCUAAUGUUCCCAUUGAUGUAUUUGCUGAUGAAAUUGUGUUCUAUGAGCUCGGAAACGAGGCUCUGGAGCAGUUUAGGGAAGACGAAGGAUUUAUAAAAGAUACCGAGGUACCGCUUCCUGAUAACGACGUACACAAACAAUUCUGGCUGCUCUUUGAGUAUCCUGAGAGCUCCAACGCAGCCCGCGGGGUCGCACUGGUGUCUGUGUUUGUUAUUGUCAUAUCCAUCAUUAUUUUCUGCCUGGAAACGCUCCCAGAAUUCAGAGACGACUAUGACCCAAUUGUGCCCAUGGUGCUGCAACCUUUGAACCAGUCCAGAGUGUCCACAGCGGUGCCCAGCACCAAGCUCCCGACCUUUUCCGAUCCGUUCUUCAUCAUCGAGUCCGCGUGUAUUGCUUGGUUUGCCUUCGAGCUGUGUGUGCGGUUUGUGGUCUGUCCAAGCAAAAGGGAAUUCUUCCACAACCUCAUGAACAUCAUUGACGUCGUAUCCAUAAUCCCCUAUUUUGUUACUUUGGUUACAGAACUCGUCACAACGCCGGAAAUGGGCUCGGGGCAGAACAUGUCUCUGGCCAUUCUUCGCAUCAUCCGCCUCGUCCGGGUGUUUCGCAUAUUCAAACUCUCGCGUCACUCGAAGGGGCUGCAGAUCCUCGGACAGACUCUCAAAGCGAGCAUGCGAGAGCUGGGCCUGCUCAUCUUCUUCCUCUUCAUCGGAGUCAUCCUCUUCUCCAGCGCGAUCUAUUUUGCGGAGGUGGAUGAGCCCAGCACUCAGUUUGUCAGCAUUCCUGAUGGUUUCUGGUGGGCUGUGGUCACCAUGACCACCGUGGGCUAUGGAGACAUGUGUCCCAUCACCGUGGCGGGUAAGGUGGUGGGCACCUUGUGCGCCAUCGCGGGAGUGCUGACCAUCGCUUUGCCCGUCCCCGUCAUCGUUUCUAACUUCAACUACUUCUACCACAGAGAGACAGAGGCGGAGGAAAAGUUGCCCGUGACAGACAGCGUUGACAAAUCCACGAAGGCCGAGAUGGGAAGCAACACCUCGCUCAAUAUGGCCUCUAAUGGCAUCUGGCAAAAGGACAAAGGCAAAUAAAUGUGGAAGAAGAAGAAGAGAAGAAAAAAAGACAAAAGCCACAAAUCGGGGGGAGGGGACAAUAAAGAUGAAUUUUUGAUGUUUGUGAAGUGUGGUUCUAAUUCUAUGGUAUAUUGAAGCCGAACAAUGCAGGAUUUUUACAGCUUCAGAGUCAUUGUGAUG